UCGAGUGCCUACCAUUCAGUACUUGAAGACUUUCCAUCGUACACUAACGAUCGACAGGCAGUGUGACAAUCGUUUUGAUCGAAUCUAAAUCGGAAAAGUUUGUGCUCAAAAACUCAAGACUCAAGAUGCGUGUGCUAAGCGUUGCUGUUCUGCUGCUGGUCGCCUCGGUGGCUCUACUCGUCCCGGAAACUAACGCAGCAAGAAGCUACAAUGGAAUGUGUGCCUGUCCGAAGAUUUACCUGCCCGUCUGUGGAAGCGAUUCGGAAACGUACGCAAACACCUGCCUGUUCCGGUGCAAGGCUGAAAGCUCGUACGGCAAAUCGAUUCGCUUGCGGAUCCUGCACAAAGGAGAUUGUGACACGAAGGACCCGGUGCACAUCCCGGAACAGAUCCCCUUUGAAUGAGCUGCAGGAGCUGGAAAAACGACUACAAAAAUCGAUUGAUCUUAUUAAAAUUGUACAACCAAAAGCGAAAGGAACUCUUAUGUGAUGUUGAAUAAAAAAGAUUUUAAGUUUAAGUAAGGACAAAACGCAUGAAAGUAUUGGUAAAUUAAUUGAGGAAUAAAAAAAAUGCUCUGAUCGUCUCUUAUCAGCAGAUUCGUUUCAAAGCACUCGCAAGAGUAAUUGACCAUA